UUUUUGCUUGAUUAAAUUUAAGAUAAUAUUCCUUAUUUUUAAUCUGAUCUGGGUGGGUGACCCGGCAAAAGUGUGGCAGAGUCGGGUAAUUGGCUAAAAGGGUUUUAACUUUUAAGGUAUUGGAUUUAUAGAAAAAUGAAAAAAGAAAGUCUGGGGAAAAAUUAGAAACUUUCCGAAGGGCAGUUUAGGUUUAGGGUCCCCCAGCCUUUGGGACAUUCCCCUGAAAUUGAAAUUUGAGUUCAAAUGGAGCGUAGCAGGAUUCACGUAGCAAUCCGUUGUCGACCAAUUUCGAAAAAGGAGACUAAGAAGAGUCCAUGGAGGGUCUCGUCGGAUUCCAUUUCCGUGCGCAAUCCUUCUUCUUCUCUCUCGUUCCAAUUUGAUAGGAUGUUCAAAGAGGAUUGUGAAACUAUUCAAGUUUAUGAAGCAAGGACGAAGGAGAUCGUGGCUGCCGCGGUUCGUGGAUUCAACGGAACUGUGUUUGCUUAUGGCCAAACUAAUAGUGGCAAGACGCAUACAAUGCGAGGCUCACCGGCUGAACCAGGAGUCAUCCCUCUUUCUGUUUCUGACUUGUUUGAGAUUACUCAGCAGGAUACUAGCAGGGAAUUUCUUCUGCGCAUGUCUUAUUUGGAGAUCUAUAAUGAAGAUAUAAUCGAUCUCUUGGCUCCUGAACACCACCGUAAACUACAGAUUCAUGAGAAUCUUGAGAAAGGAAUCUUUGUGGCUGGACUACGAGAAGAAAUUGUAGCUUCCCCUCGACAAGUUCUCGAAAUGAUGGAAUUUGGAGAAUCUCAUCGACAUAUUGGAGCAACAAAUAUGAAUGUUCACAGUAGCAGAUCUCACACUAUUUUCCGCAUGGUUAUAGAAAGUAGUCAGAAGACGCAAGAUGAUGAUGCAGUUCGUGUUUCUGUUCUGAAUUUGGUGGAUCUAGCUGGUUCGGAACGGGCUUCAAAAACCGGUGCAGAGGGUGUUAGGCUGAAGGAAGGCUCACAUAUAAACAAGAGCUUGAUGACACUCGGGACUGUAAUUAAAAAACUGAGCGAAGGAGUUGACAAUCAAGGUGGUCAUAUUCCGUACCGAGACAGCAAGCUCACAAGGAUCUUGCAACCCGCUUUAGGUGGAAAUGCAAAUACAGCUAUCAUCUGCAAUAUAACACUUGCACAAAACCAUGCAGAUGAAACCAAGAGCAGUCUUAAGUUUGCUAGCCGAGCACUACGUGUCACUAACUGUGCCCAUGUCAACGAGAUAUCCAGUGAUGUUGCUUUGUUAAAGCGCAAAAAGAAGGAAAUCGAUGAGCUCAGAUCCAAACCAAAGACUUCUCACUCUGACCAUUCGGACGAAGAGAAUCUUAACUUGCGCAACACCUUGUUGAAGUCUGAAUUAGAAAGAGAGCGGAUAGCAAUGGAAUUAGAUGAGGAGAAAAAGGCACAAGCUCAGAGGGAAAAAGUUUUGCAAGAGCAAGCAAAGAAAAUUGAGAACUUGAGUUCGAUAGUUCUUUUUUCGAACAGAGAUGAGAAGCGUGAGCAGGAGGAUCGCUUUAAGAAGGGAAAGAGGAGGGAUACAUGGGGUACUGGUCUCCUUUCACGGGACUCCUCCACAUCAGAGGUUCAGUCGCAUGGCUUGUCAAGGGAAAGAUUCGAGCGUGAGACAGGCCCACUACUUCCAUUUGCGGAACUGGUAAAAAGCGAACGUUUAUGUAGCAUCAGCGAACAAGAUGAAAACAGUAUCGAUGAAGAUUCUGCACUUCCAGAUCCAUGUGCUUUAGUGCAUGUGACUAGGAGAAAGAAACCAUCAUCAAUCAGGCAGAAAAAGCCCGUAAUGGUUGAAAGCGAGUCAGACAUAAUUCUAAGGGAAUGUGAGCAUCUUUUCUUGCAAUAUGAAACUGAGAUAAUCACCAACCAAAUACAAAUUGAAUGCCUCAAGGCUCGAGUCUUUGGUAAUGUGCCUCGGGAUGAAAGCAGUGUACAUCUUAGGGAUCCAGAAGAUAUUCGUCUCAUUAAGCAACUCCAAGAGAAGAUAAACAUGCUGGAAACUGAGAAGUCUUCAAGCAAGCAAAAUCUUGAUGAUCUUGUCACGGUAGCUACUGAGCAGAAUACAUGUGCGAGGCAAAAAAUUGCUGAGAUGCUCUCAGAUGAGUCGGAGAAGUUGGAUCUGACAUUUUUUAACCAGAGGCAGAGGAGAGUACUUUGGACUCCCGAAGAAGAAGAGAUGCUCAAGGUGGGAGUGGAGACGUUUGCAACAGAUCCAAAGAAAAACAUUUCAUGGAAGAGAAUUCUCAAAAUGGGAGAGAAUGUGUUCCAUCAAACACGCAAUCCAGCUGAUCUGAAGGACAAAUGGAGGAGGCACAACCCUAGCCACUAGUGGUACUAUCACGUUGUGUUCCAACAUUGGUCUAAGCCUCAAACGUGUCUAUUUUCAAAACAAAGCAAGAGUAAGUCUAGGUCCGGACAUUUGGGAACCCGUGGUGUUCUGGUUAAAUAUUUUGAGUUUUGGUUUUAAUUUUGUAACACACCCUAGAUCAUGUUCUAGUAAAUUUGUUGAGUACGAGUUGAGUUCGAUAUAAAACAAUGUUAACUUUCUCGUG